CGGUAAAGGGGUGGAAGCAGUGUGUGGCCGCACCGUGGGCACCGGCAGGCAGAGCCGUCCAUUCCUGGCAUUUAGCGGUGAGAAACUCAAGCUUAUAUGUGUAACAUGGAAGCACACUACACACAUCAUGCAUCUCUGUGUACAACUAAGCAAUAUCCAGGGUCACCGGAUCCUCAGAACAACGUAGUAGGAAACCAGCCUAUGAGUGCAACACUGCGUGAACGUCUCAGAAAAUCUCGAAGGUCUUUUAGUUCAGCAUGUCCUGUUGUAAAACGUCUUAAAAUAGACAGUGAAGACAUUGAGGGGUCUCUGACUAACAACUCUAAUGUAUGUGAAGAUUCUCUGGAAAAUGUAAAGAACACAGUUCUGUCUGGAGCUGUACAUAGCAAUAUACAAACUGGAGAUGUGCUUAGUCCACCAGACCGAAUGUCACUGGAAUCACUGCCGCAAACUACUAAAGACAGAUCUACUGGUUACUUGGAGAUGGUUGAGGAAAAAAGGAGAUUAUUAAAGCGAGUGGAGGACAAGGAAGAAUUCUUGAGAAGACUGAAAAUGGUUAAGCUUUAUAGAGCUAAGAACAAUUUAACAGAGCUACACUCUUUGAUAGAAAAAUGGAGGACAAGUAGCCAGCAAGUACUCUAUGAACUCCAAACAACUUUAUCAUCCGAAAAUUCCAAAAUCAGCCUCACACAGCUAAUAGAGAACUGUAAUUUGGAUGACAAAUUACUGCAAUAUAAUAGAGCAGAAGAGGAUUUUGAAAAUCUCUGAAACGUUGUAUGUGAACACUGAAAGAGAAAUGUCUUUAAGUUUAA